AUGGCCAAACACGCACUGUCGGAAAAAAACAAGAAGCGACAGAAGAGCGCGAAGAAGCAGGCUGCUUUCGAGGCCGCCAAGGCCGCCUUCCUUGUCCUCGAAACUGCUAGUCCCGAAGCACCGGUGUCUGAGAAGAAGACGUGGAUCGGGAAGCUUGCCAAGACGCAUCAAGUGAACCUGGUCACCCUUGGGAAAAUGGCUCUCGACCCAGAGCAUGUGCCAAUCUGGGAGUUCAACCGCGACACCAAGGGCAAGCUACCCAAGGCUAUGGAGGACGACUACGUCUGGUUUCUGCAGGAGAUGAACGAUCGGGGGCUAGGCCGGAACCAUAAAAAGAUUCAAAGCGACGUCAAUGAGCUCAUUGCGAGCCUUCCCGAAGAUGAACAGAAUGGACUUGUUACAAAAUCAUGGGUCAAGCGGUUUCUAGACCGUCGCCGCAGCGACUUGCGAUCAUAUUGGUCGUCGCCUCUAGCUUCCGAGCGUGCCCAGGCUGUCAACCCCACAAAUAUGAAGUUGUUCUUUGAGCUUGUACACAAGCAUGUGGUUAUCCCCCAGCUUCCACCCGAGUGUGUGUGGGGCAUGGAUGAGACUAAUUCGCAGGACGCAGAUGGGGUUCAGGAGAAGGUUGUCGGACGUGCAGGGAUGAAGCAGGUACACAAGCAGGGUGGCGGGAAUAAGGAUAGCACGACCGUGAUCGCAGCAAUCGGAGCUGAUGGCACGGCAUUGCCGCCGACUGUCAUUUUCAAAGGGAAAGGACUACAGACUUCGUGGGUCAAAGAUAAUGUAGCAGGAGCAUCUGUCGCAUGUACCGAGAACGGAUGGAUUGACUCUACGAUGGGGGUCUCCUGGCUCACACAAGAUUUCGAUCCUGCCACGCGCGAGCGAGCUGCGGGUCGUCCACGAGUUCUGUUCCUUGAUGGGCACAGCUCGCACUGGUGUACGAAAUUCCUCCGAGCUGCCCGGGAUAGAAACAUAUAUUGUUUGGGCUACCCUCCUCAUAGCACCCAUGCUAUACAGGGGUUGGACGUUGUUGCUUUCGGCCCCCUGAAAACCGCUCUCGCAGCCGAAUGUGCCGAACUUGCCGAAGAGGGCACAAAGUUAUCGAAGACGAACUUCCUUAGAGUCUUUGGCAAAGUCUGGCUCGAAGCUAUGACUCCAGACCUCUGCCGAGCAGCUUUUGCGAAGACAGGAAUUGUUCCAUACAAUCCCGAUGUCAUAACUCCUGCACAGAUGAAACCUAGUGCUGCGACGUCGACAACUGAGAACUGUGCGACGAUUAUCUCUAGCCCUGUUCGGGCGAUCAUGUCCGCACUCACUUGCGUGCUUCCCGAUCUCACUAGAGUCGAUCUGGAUCUUGACGACGAUGUCGAUCUCUCUGUUCCAGCAACACCAACACGGACCCACUCCGAGCAUCAGACUCCUCGAACUCCCCGCGUGGAUCUUCGCAGAGUACAUGCUAUUGAUCCCGUACUACACUGCCGGACGCUUUUGACCCUGAGGCAAGGUUGGCAGUUAGGUACCUUGCCGCAGGGUUCCCAUUGGGUUCCUAUAAGGCGUCACCACGGAGAUUGUGAUGGAGUUGAUGUUGAGGACCACGGGGAUAUCGCGUCCGGGACAUCACCAUGA